CAUUCAUGACAUUAAAUACAGACGCCGUAAGUUACUUAGUUAGUAGUGCCUUCAGUUGGACUUCCGUUUGGCCUGCGGCAUCCCACAGUCACCCACGGCUAACUAACGGGUGGGCUGAACCCGCUUGAGUUGGACUGGGGGCCUUGAUUGGCCGAUCCGCUGUUCACCGCCAGGCUGAACGCCCCGCGGUUGGGCGCCCGGCUAAUCCAACUGGGGACCCGCAGACCGGUGCCCGAUCGCGUCAUGGCCGAGAAUUACUAUUAUGGCAGCCGUGGCGGAUCCUACCAUCAACCGGAGAGUGGCUGGGGACGUGGCACGGGCGGUGCUCGCGGCUACAGUCAAGCCCGUGGCGACCCGGAUACGGGACGGGGCGGGCGGGGCCGAGGGCGAGGCGGAGGACGAGGACGGGGCCGUGGAGGCGGCGGCGGACCGCCGGCCGGGUUACGCGGCCGUGAUAUUGGCCUGUACUACGCCCAACGGCAAAAAGAAAGCCAGCGUGAGUCCCGGAGUGUGCUUGCCCUGCCUAGCGGCGAACAAGGGGCCUGGCAGGACGUCUUGAGGCGGGUCAGCGCUCUCGCCCCGACCCGCCCAGCCAUGGAGGGGGGCCACCAGUUUGUGGAUGCUUGGCAUCAAAACAUAGCCGCCAAUCGACGGGCCGACCGCAUCUCUACUCAGCCCGUGAAUAGCGGCUUAACGCCUCAGCCCGAGCUGGAUGAGUCCUUGCAAAGGCAAGAAAAUGAACGGGACCCGUUUUCGGUCAUGGGCCUUUUUCGGGAAAAGCUGCCGGCCUUUGCCAUGCGGGAUGAACUGUUGCUUUUAAUUCGCCGUCAUCCAGUGGUGGUGAUUAGCGGCGAGACGGGCUGCGGCAAGACCACGCAAGUGCCUCAAUUUCUUCUGGAAGAUGCGCUCUUGAAUGGGCGAGCCUCCACCACCCGGAUCGUGUGCACCCAACCCCGCCGGAUCUCGGCCAUUAGCAUCGCUGAGCGGGUGGCGCAGGAGCGCCAUGAGCGCUUGGGCCAAUCGGUGGGCUAUCAGAUCCGCUUGGAAAGCCGCUUGCCCCGUGAGCGAGGUUCGAUCCUGUAUUGUACGACGGGCGUGGUGCUGCAAUGGCUACGGUCUGACCCGAAUUUGACCGGCGUGUCCCACAUCGUGUUGGACGAGAUCCAUGAACGCGACCUUCAGUCCGAUUUCCUGAUCACCGUGCUCAAGGACAUUUUGCCUCGUCGCGCCGAUCUCAAGGUCAUUCUGAUGUCGGCCACGCUCAAUGCCGAACUCUUUUCCCGGUACUUCCGAAACUGUCCCAUGUUGAAUAUCCCGGGCUUCACGUUCCCGGUGACUGAAUAUUACCUCGAAGAUGUGCUCGAGAUGACGGGCUUUCGCAUCCCAUCUCAAUCGCGGAAAGCGAGUGACAAACCCGAGCCCGUCUGGCACAAACACACGAAGCGCGGGAAAGAAACCGCCCGAGCCAGUGACGCGUUCCAAGACUAUGUGACCCCGUACAUCCGACAUUUGGAGAGUCAAGGUCACUACUCCAGAUCCACGCUGGACAGCCUCCGGUUGCCCGAGAGCGAGGAAAUCAACCACGAGCUCAUCGCCACUUUGAUCCAUCAUAUUCAUGCCCACGAGAAAUCCGGUGCUGUGUUGGUGUUUGUGCCCGGUUGGGACGAUAUCUCGAAGGUCAAUCGACUGCUCACGGACGAUGGGCCCUAUCGAUUGCGCGGCCGAGUCAAAAUCUUCCCGCUUCACUCUCUCAUGCCUACCAUCAAUCAGAAAGAGAUAUUCUCCCGACCUCCUGAGGGAGUGCGCAAGAUCGUGAUCGCCACGAAUAUUGCCGAAACGUCCAUCACCAUUGAUGACGUGGUCUUUGUGGUGGAUUGCGGUAAGAUCAAGAUGACCAACUACGACCCGAAAUCCAAUCUGGCCACCCUCAAACCCGAAUGGGUGGCCGAAGCCAAUGCCCGACAAAGACGGGGUCGGGCGGGUCGGGUUCAACCCGGCAUUUGUUACCACCUCUUCACCAAGUCCCGAGCCAUGACGCUCGACAAGUUUGUCCAGCCGGAGAUGCUCCGCACGAAAUUGGAGGAACUCGUCCUGCAGAUCAAGUCGCUCGGCUUUGGCAAAGUGGCUCCGUUCUUGUCGAAAGUGAUGGAACCGCCCGAGGACUUGACCAUCGAGCGGGCUUUGACCAUGUUGAGGACCAUCAAUGCUUUGGAUGAAGAGGAGCAGCUCACUGCCUUGGGAUUUCAUCUCUCCAAAUUGCCCAUGGACCCGCAAACCGGAAAGAUGGUCCUCUUGGCGGCCAUCUUUGGCUGUGUCGACCCUAUCUUGUCCGUGGCCGCAUCGUUGACCUUCAAAGACGCUUUCAUGAUUCCGUUGGGGAAGGAAAAGCUGGCCGAUGAAAAGCGACGACAGUUAUCCCGAGGAACCAAAUCUGAUCACCUCCUUUUGGCCAAUGCUAUCCAGGAAUGGGAAAAAGCACGCUCCAACGGCUCCAACCGAGACUUCUGUUGGGAGUUCUUUCUCUCCGAAUCUGUGCUGAGAAUGUUGGUCAACAUGAAGCAACAGUUUGCCGACUACCUUUGCGAGCAAAAGUUUCUCCCGUCAUCGAACUACAAAGCCAAGAGUUGCAAUCGAAAUUCGUCAAAUGAGGCCCUAGUCCGAGCCAUCGUCUGUGCUGGCUUGUAUCCGAACGUGGCCUCGUUGAAAAUGAAGCGGCGAGGACCGGUCAGAAUUCCGUCCUUGAUGACGGUGACUGAAAGGCGUGUGUCUAUUCAUCCGAAAUCCGUGAAUGCCUCCGAGAGUGAUUUUAAGCACCCGUGGAUGGUGUAUCACGUCAUGAUGAAAGGCAAUUCGGUCUUAGUUCACGACUGCACUGAGAUCUCGCCCAUGUCUUUGAUCUUCUUUGGCGAGUCGCUCAAAUUGAAGAACGAAUUUUUGAGCGAUGGGACCGCUUUAGAAAGCAUUCAAGUGGAUCCGUUUGUGACGUUCAAUUGUUCUCGCGAGACUGCGGAUCUCUUCAAGAGCCUUCGAGCCCAUUGGGACAAAUUGCUUGAGAUGAAAAUCAUUAAACCGGAUCAAACCGAUUGGGACACGAAUCGCUUCGAAGGCGCAGUCAUUGAUUCUAUCAUUCGUUUAUUGUCAUCUUCUCCCAUUGGAGACUCCGUAUAUGACGAUGACGAGUAAAUUGGUUAAAUUUCACGUGCUUAUAUGAAUCCACCAUGGGCCCGAAAGUUUCGUCAUAACUUAUUUUUACGAUUGCAG